AUGUUCAGUUUUUGCUUAUUUCCAUUAAAGAAUCCUGAAUUACUUCAACAAUGGAUACUGGCAACAAAAAAAACCAAUUUUGUUCCAAGUAAAUGGAGUAAAAUGUGUAAUAAACAUUUUUUACACAGUGACUAUAAACAACCUCCUGGUGGCACUUAUGUUUUAAGGCUUAAAUAUGAUGCUGUUCCAACGGUUUGUUUACCAUCAUCGUCAUUACCUCCGGUCAAAAUUCAUGUCCUAGAUGAAGUACCGAAUAUAUUAGAAAAUGUUAAUGAAAGCGGUAAUAGUGAGAGUAAUAUUGUUACAACAGAAACAAAUGUUGUUGAGUAUAAUUCUGAAAAUGAAAUACCUGAA